UGGUGGAUCGUGGUCACAGGACUCAUCAUCCUUCCAUGGUUCUUCGUUACGCUUGCGCUAUCAGAGGAAUCGUACGCGGAGCGCGCGGCUGUAUAAAAGCAGCCACUUGUUGAGCGGCACGCAUUCCGCCGAUUCGCUUCCGCCGCGGAUAUUUCCUGCUCGACAACAGGGAGACACGCGCGGCAACCACGUCAGUAUUUCCUGUAUCGUGCGACUUCAAGUCAUCAUAUCCUCGGCUUAAUUCGUCGCGAUCUGAGCGAUCGACGUGGGACUCCCGACCAGGUAGAAUGAAUUUGGAGGAAUAUCGCAAACAUGGCAAAGAAAUGGUGGAUUACAUCGCCGAUUACCUGGGCAACAUCCGUUCUCGGCGCGUGUAUCCGGCAGUUUCGCCGGGAUACCUGAGGAACGUCCUACCAGCGUCGGCACCGGUGGACGGUGAGCCUUGGCAGGAUAUAUUCGCCGACAUCGAGAGAUGCAUCAUGCCGGGUGUGACGCAUUGGCAGAGUCCGCACAUGCACGCUUACUUUCCAGCUCUGAAUUCACCCGCCAGUUUACUAGGCGACAUGCUGGCCGAUGCCAUAAACUGUCUGGGCUUUACGUGGGCUUCCAGCCCGGCAUGCACUGAGUUAGAGACCAUCGUGAUGAAUUGGCUGGGUAAAAUGAUCGGUUUGCCCGAGGAUUUCUUACAUCGACCGGGCGGUUCCGGCGGCGGUGGCGUUAUUCAAACAACGGCGUCAGAAGCCACGCUGGUAUGCUUGCUCGCGGCCAGAACCAGAGCGAUCAGAGAUGUGCAGGAGAACGAUCCUGAGUGUAUGGCGACCGAAAUCAACUCGCGGCUUGUCGCCUACUGUUCGGACCAGGCUCAUUCAAGUGUGGAGAAGGCUGGACUCAUAGGAUUGGUUCGAAUGCGAUAUAUUGAAUCUGACAGUGAAUUAAGCAUGAGAGGUGACGCUUUACUCGAGGCAUUAACGCGCGAUCGAGCCGACGGUCUACUUCCUUUCUUUGUGUGCGCAACGCUGGGCACCACUGGUGCGUGUUCGUUCGAUAAUCUCAAAGAAAUCGGACCGAUAUGUCAACAGAAUGGCUUAUGGUUGCACAUCGACGCAGCGUAUGCAGGUAGCGCGUUCAUAUGUCCCGAAUUUCGCAGUUGGCUUCAAGGAGUGGAGCUUGCCGACUCCAUCGCCUUCAAUCCCAGCAAGUGGCUCAUGGUCCAUUUCGAUUGCACGGCUAUGUGGGUGAAAAAUAGCCAAGCAUUACACAGGACCUUUAAUGUAGAUCCGCUAUAUUUGAAGCAUGAGAAUUCAGGUCUCGCGAUCGAUUAUAUGCAUUGGCAAAUUCCUUUGUCUAAGAGAUUCAGAGCGCUGAAAUUGUGGUUCGUUAUCAGGAAUUAUGGAAUUAUUGGCUUGCAAAAGCAUAUACGUGAGGGCGUGAGGUUAGCGCAAAAAUUCGAAGCUUUGGUUUUGGCCGACGCGCGUUUUGAGAUCCCUGCAACCAGGCACCUCGGCAUGGUAGCUUUCCGUCUUCGGGGCGAGAAUACCUUGACGGAGCGUUUGCUAAAGAAGCUUAAUUCACGGGGUCGGCUUCAUUGCGUGCCAGCCGCUUUGCACGGGAAAUACGUCAUAAGAUUCACGGUUACUUCGACGAACACGACGAACGAGGACAUUCUAAGGGAUUGGGCGGAAAUACGAAAUACCGCAAAUGAGAUCUUGGGUGAUAGUUCCGCAUCACCUGUACGACCGAGAGUUCCCCUCGCAGAUACGCGACAGAAGAACGAAAAUUUUGGAUCGAGCUUGCUACUGGCUAAUUCACCGAUGUCGCCGAAAAUCGUGAACGGCAGUUUCGCUGCCAUAUAUGACGCGGCUGAAGUAUUUGAAGAAUGCAUGAAAACUUUCGGGAAAAUUCAUCUCGAAGCGAGGGACAGUCCGGCUAUGCGUCGUCGCAUUCGCGGUAUACUAAUGUCAGGCAAGCAAUUCUCCUUAGAUUCUCGUAUGGAUCUCGUUCAGGGAUACGUUUGUAGCCGUCCUCUCUCGGGUCCCCCCGAAUUACCGUUAAUGAAAGAAGAUGAAGAUUAUGCGGGAACGUGCGAUUCAACGUCUGAUAUUGAUAAAACGGAUGAAUAUGAUAAUGACGAGUCGUUUGCUCAUGAGUAUUUGGAGGACUCGGAUAAUUCCGAAGCUAUCAAGAGGAAGCCUAUUUCGAAGACUGGCUCUAGUUACGCGGUGGUGAACGGAUCGAUCAAUGUAGACGCGGAAGACAACGGCGACAACGCGAUGGCCAUCGCCUCUGCUGACGUAGGCAUUCCUAGAAGUGAGACUAUAGCCGCUAUCGGUCAUCGGCCUUACACAGGCGAUUUGGAUCUCAUUCGAGUUUCGAGGGAGAACUCGAUCAAACGUAAGGAGAACGAAGGGGACGACGACAACGGGGAAUUUUGCCGAAAGUGUGGCCAUUACACUAAACGCCAGUAAAUAUUAGUCGGAAUGCAUCACGUGUACGCUAUUCACAUGUUAAUGACAGUAUUCGAUUGAAUGUCAUUUUCAUGUUCGCGAAAACCUGAUGAUCCGAAAUCGUUUUCGCGACUAGACGUUGAUUAGCAUAUUUACAGCGAUAAUAAAUGCGCAUGCUUCAUUACGUUGCCUCGUCCUGAACGAAUUCUCACAAAGAAAUCAUGAGAAAUCCAGAAAUCGUAAAGAAGGGAGUAAUUUUCUCGUAGGAAUCUUUGGGAAAACCUCAAGGAACGUCUGAAACGACAUUUCUCUCAAUCUUUGUCAACUGAUAAAACGUUUUUAAGGAGGCUGUAAGGCUCAAUAUCAUAUUUUCGAUGAGGACCAUUUAUAAAUUUAUUAUUUAUCGAACAAAAUUACUUUUUAAUAUAUUUAUUUCACUACCUAAGUAGUAAAUUUGAGAUAAUACUAAGAUGGGGAUAUGUAUACACAAUAUAUUACAAAUACAAAAAAUAUUAUUUUUUAUUUUUCUUAUUAAUGUUUCUAUUUGUGCAUUAGUUAAUCUAACAAAAAUGCACUGAUAAUAGAAAAAGGUAUAUAAGUGUUUAAAUAUAUGUAUAUAUAUUUUUUUUAGUAUUAUAAAUUAUGAAUUAUAAAAUUAUAAAUUAUCUAAAAUACUUUAACUCUAGAAUGGUCAAUUUUUUUUCUAAUUGCAUGAGCCGUUAGAUAAUAUUUCAAUUUAUAUUUAGUACAAGUUUCAGUGAAUUCUUAACAAACUUACUUUUUCUUUACAACCUCCUUACAUAAAAAGGUAUGAAAUUGACGAAAAAAUAUUAUAUAAAUAGAUACAUAUAUAUUUUUAUUAUGUUAAUAGUGUUAAUUUAUUUCACGGUACAUAAUUGAACUUCUUGUGCAUGAAGUUAUAUGCAUAUAACUGUAGAAAUUAGAAUGUUGACUUUUAGUCCGAAUAUCUUUAAAAAAAAUGUACAAGGUGCGAUAUUUAAGAAAGUAAUUGAUACGUUCGUAAGUGAUCGUUUUGUUUUCAUUGUUCGCGCGACCUUCGUUAUUUGUUAGAAAAAUUGUAGUGAUCGCCGUGACGGAGGCGUAGAGUGCAACAUUUACAAACAUAUAGAAUCAAAUAAAUGCACAA